ACGCCUUGCCCCCUACUCCUUUCGAGACAUAUACCGCUUCAGGCUUCCAUGCGUCCUACUCCUUUCUAGCUAGGCACCGGCGUCACAACCGUCGUCGCCUUUUCAGCUGCAGGUGGUCAGCAUGGUGCCCCUGGUCAACCUGACAGAGGCCAUGAACGCUGCAAGACCAUCACGGCACCCGCAAAGUACCCCGGACGAUCACUGCAUAUCGAUUGAGAGCCGUGAUGAAGAGUGGGACAUUCCCCGCGCGCACAAGAAGAAGAAGAGCAAGACCCCAAGACUGAUAACAUCCCGGGAUUCUGCCUUUGAGAGGCUACAAGAAAGGGAGGAUCGCCAGAAGAAAUCGGCCAAAUUCAGGCUGGGACCAGGACCCACUCAUGUGAGUGCCUUUGAUCAAUUGGGCAAGGAAAGGGAGGCCAAGCCUGCCCGCUCCCAGCACUCCCGGUCGAAGAGAAGGGAGCCAGCAAUGACCUGGGUGUUACGCAGGGAGGAGGAAGCUAAAAGCCUGCCGCGUGAAUUGGUGCGGAGCAGACUAGGGAAUCCCCGUGACCGGGAUAAAAUUAAGUUAUAAUCAAGCCUAAAUUUUAAACCGUUAGAAGUCUAAAUCUUUGAGACAACACAAAAAAUGCAGCAAACCACUUCUCUCUUUUUUUUUUUUGCAGAAUCGGCCCUUUUCUUUUUGUUACACGGCAACAAGGAAAAGGAAACAAACUCCUAUUUUCCCACUUUGGGUGCAAAUAGUACUCCUAAAUUAACAAAAUAGGGAGUACCUUUACAAAACUGGGUGAAGCAAUUUCUUUGUCGGCCGCACGAACGGAUCCGGAACGGUUGGGUGCAAAAUUGCUCGGUCGUGGGACUUUUCGAACCCGCCGGCGAUUGAUAUGUUCGGAUUGAUUUUUUGAAUCUGCCGAUGAUUGAUAACAAUUCAACCGGGAUUUUUCGAACCCGCCGGCGGCGACCUGCAAAUGGGUCGUAGACAAAAGAAAAAAGAAAAAAGGAGAAAAAGUAAAAAAAAGGUUAAAUAAGGAGGCAUUAAAGGAGGCAGGGGUGGGUGCACUGUAGCACGGUCCUUCUACCCAACCUCUAACUUGGGUAUAAUGGAAUCCAACAAAAAUCAAUAUGUGAAGACUACCAUCUUCCUCUAAUCCUCUCCUUAUCCACACUCACUCCCAUGGAAUUAAUUACAACCACAAACACACAAAAGUCACCGGAGUGAAGUAACAAGAUACACUGAGAGAAGAAUAACAGAGGCUUUGUUAUUUGUAUAUGGCGCAAACCAUGCUGCUCCUCAUCU